AUGGAUGUCAAUAAAGUCUAUCAACUGACCGACACAUACUUUUUAUUUCUAGGCGAAACGAGCGCGAUGGUUGCUGACCCAUUCAAAAAUGUAAUAACAUGUGAACUGGAUCUCUCCACAAACAUUGUUCUCCGUUAUGAAAACACGAUCACCUGUAAUGGCGCGCACAUUUGUGCCCUUUCCAAAGAUGGAUUGGAGUUAUACGAUUUAGAGGAUGGCGUUAUGAAGUACCUUGGGUUUUUGGAUAACCCCAUUGCAAUCGGCGGAGUCAAAAGAACAUUCACAGACGCCACAUUCUGUACCGAUAUGAUAACAUUCUCUGAUACCACCGGAAAUGUCGUGUUUCUCGAGUACCCUUCCAUGAAACUGAUAUGUAAUGUCCACCUUAUUGAUGCUCCAAUACUCUUCUCAAAGUUCGACGAGAGUAAAAUGAUGUUAUACAUCAUCGAUAGUAAUAACACGUUUUACGCAAUGGAGCUGAACAACACGUCAUAUCUAUUGAAGAGAAAAUACGUUGAAGAGAAAUUGGACACAUUUGUUGUCGCUCCUAUCACCCCAACUGGACUGAAAAUAACUCCGACUGGUUGCUUUGUGUUUGUCAGUGGGAAAGUGUUGAUAUACAUCAAGGACAUCCCAUCACUCCGGCUGUUAGACACAAAGGAUGAUCAAGAAGUUAAAGAAGCCAUGUGCAAUGGAAGCACCGUUUUACUUGCCACACUCAAAUAUGUGUAUUACUUUGAUUUGAAUAGCGAUACAUGUCUGGAUACAUUCAGGAUCUUUCCAUUUGGAAAUCCUCGCGUGGUGAUGCUCGCCAACAACCCAUACCCAAUGGCAAUGAGUUAUAUUGACAAAGCCAUCCGCCAAGCAAAAAUCCCAGAUAUCAAUUCCAAAAGAAGACUGUCGACGAUCAAACAAACACAGAUGAAAUUCAAAUCAGUGAAAAUGUCUAAAGACACAACGAUCAUGAAGUUGGCGCUCUCGGCUACAAGAGACGUCUACGGUAUUGAUUCGUUGGGGCAUGUCUAUCACGCGUCACUCCUCAAGACGAAAACACCUAAGCCUGAACCAUUUGGAGAUGUUGGGAAUAUUGUCAGUGGUAAUUUGUCCUGUUUUUUGACUGCAAAUAAUUUGUAUGGGGUGUUCACAUCGGGGACGGAUGUUAGAGUUGCGCAUCUCAAGACACACACUCACGUUAUAACACCAUUUUUUGCAGAUGUGGACAACAAGAAUUAUGUCACUUCAAUAUGUGGGUGUGAGGAAAAUUGUUCGUUGAUUGGAGUUGGCACACAAAACGGAGAAGUGUAUGAAGUUGACUGUUCGCGAGGGAGGCAAGUGUUAGUACAGAAACAAGAGAGUCCGAUUUUGUAUACCAAGUACCUUGGUCCGAUAUUGGCUUCGAUAUCAGUGAAAGGUGUAUUUGAGGCGGGUACUGAGCACAAAGAGAUAGCCGAAGACCCGAUAUCAUUUGAUUAUCACAACGGAGUGUUGUUGGUAGUGGAGACCAAACGAAUUACAACGUACAAAAUAGACAAUUGGGAUAUUGAGUCGAAUUGGGAGUCUGACAGUUGUGUGAUCACAGCGAAGUUUUCUUGCGAUGGUGAAUAUGUAGUUGUACUUACAAAGGACAGGAUUAUGUAUUUGAAAACUAAAGACUUAUCAGUCUUUAACUAUUUAUCGAAUUACUCUGUCCAAAGCAUGAUGAAGGGGUACAACACCGAUGUGUUUCAAAUGGACGUUUCACCAAACACGCCAUGUCAAAUUGUCAUUUCUUUUGUUGGUGGGAAUGUGAUGUUGAUAGAGCCAUCAGACUAUACGAACUGGAAUUGA